AUGAAAAUAUCCACCCCAGGCAAGAUGAACUUGACAAAGAAGUUUGAUCGUGCCUUUCAAUGGGCUGGCGAGAAGAUGGGCGGCGAGGCCAAGACCAACAUGACGGACGACUUCAAAAUGCUGGAGAUGGAGAUGGCCUUGAGAUUUGAUGGCAUGGAGCGUCUGCAAAGGUCAAUGAAUGCCUACGUUAAGUGGCUUGGCCGCCGCGAUACCUUCGAUGACAAGGAGAAGGGCCUUGCAGGUGGAUACCUUGGUCGAACCAUGGUGAGCCACGGAGAAGACUUUGAGAGCGACUCGGAUUUUGGAAACUGCUUGAUAGCCCUGGGACGCGCCAAUGAAAACUGUGCUGCAUAUCAGGAGCAGCUCGUCGCCGAUGCCACGACUGUAUGGCUCGAGUCCCUAGAACGAAGCUUGGCUACAAUGAAGGACUACCAGGCCGCCCGCAAGAAGCUGGAGAACCGUCGACUUGCGUACGAUGCAAGCAUGACCAAACUGUCAAAGGCGCGGCGCGACGAUUACUGUAUUGAGGAGGAAGUCCGCUCAGCAAAGGCCAAGUAUGAAGAGACAACCGAAGACGUAUGCAGGCGCAUGCAGGACAUCAAGGACGCCGAGGCCGACUCGACGCGCGACCUGACGAGCUUCCUUGACGCCGAGCUUGAAUACCACGAGCGAUGUGCCGAGGAGCUCCGCCGCACGCGAGAGAACUGGGCUGGUGCCAAUGUGCAAGCUUCGCCGUCACGAAGCAUGCACAGUAGCUUUGGUGGAAGGCCCGGUGGGGCUACCAUUUCGAUUAGGAGCCGUUCGAACACGACGCAGUCAUUUGGUGAGAGGCUGUCGCGCACAAACACUAGCGGCAGCACGGGCAACUCUAGCGUCCAGAAUUACACUUAUGAGGAACACGAGCCUGCGCCACCGGUUCGCAUGCCCACAAUCCGCUCAGCAUCGCGCUUAUCGGCCAACGGUGCCGCCCCCGACGUCCCAGCCCGCCCUGGCGUGGUACGUAGCAACACAUUCCAGGGCGGCGCCACGAUUGAGCGUAACACGCAAUCAAUGUCCGGGUCCAGCACCCCUAGCGGGUACCAGCCGAGCUUCCAACAGCAGCAAAACGCCGCAGCCACAAUGUCAGCCAACAUCGGCUCGCUGCGUGGCCAACUUCGUCCCGUCAGCCGUAUAGUGACGCAACCCCGGGAGGACAACGUGUUUGCCGAUGGAUACGAUGACGACACGACCAGCAGCGGUGACAGCCCGAAGUGGAGCGCGGGAGACAGGUGUUCGUCACCUGCAACAAGCUACGGCAGUGGUGCUUCGCGGACCGCGAACACAUUGGGCAGCCGCAAGGCACCGCCCCCUCCACCUAGCCGAUCCAAGAAGCCGCCGCCACCUGUGCCGGCAAAGCGAGAGGUGCUCUACUAA